UUGGUCACGUGACUCCCUCGGAGUGUCACGGGGGGAACAGCAUGGCGGACAUGCAUGUGCAGGCUGGCGACGAACUACAUCGACUGUCCAGCUAACCCCGCCCGUGAGAUAAGAGCUAAAUUGGGUUGCGACGAGCCAGGCCCGGCGAACGUGGCCGAACGCCUCAGCGGAAUGGACGAGGAGAUGAAGCUCCAGUUCCCGUCUCUGCCCGCCACCAAGGAGGAGCUCCUGGACUGGGCUUAUCCAAUGAGACGCGAAAUGCAGGAAAUAUUACCCGGACUGUUUUUAGGUCCUUAUUCUGCUGCCAUGAAAAGCAAGCUGCAGCCUUUGGAGCGACAAGGCAUCACGCAUGUUGUCUGUGUGCGCCAAGACAUCGAAGCCAAUUUUAUUAAACCUAACUUCCCUCAUACAUUUAGAUACCUUGUGCUAGAUAUUGCAGACAAUCCAGUGGAGAAUAUCAUAAGAUUUUUUCCCAUGACAAAAGAAUUUAUUGAUGGCUGUUUAGCAACUGGAGGAAAGGUACUGGUUCACGGUAAUGCAGGGAUCUCAAGAAGUGCUGCCUUAGUGAUUGCCUACCUGAUGGAAACAUUUGGAAUGAAAUACAGGGAUGCAUUCAGCCACAUCCAGGAGAGGAGGUUCUGCAUUAACCCCAACAUGGGAUUUGUGCAUCAGCUUCAGGAAUAUGAAGCAAUCUACCUCGCCAAACUGACCAUUAAGAUGAUGUCACCAAUGCAGCUGGGCCGCUCCUUCUUACAAGCGGGCAUGCCAGGAAGCCGUAAGCGCAGCCUGGAGGAAGAUGACGACUUGGGAGCAAUGCAGGUCACAGCAGCACAAAAUGGAUGAGCCUUGCUUACAUUUAGCUACUUAGCGUGUUGCACUUUUUUUUUUUUUUUUUUUUUUUUUUUUUUUACAUUUUUAAUGGGAUUAAAAAUGUAGACAUUUGAACCUUUUUCUAAGUGGGGGAGGGAUAGGAGACCGCUCAUGUCUGAGACGUAGAGGUCUGUUGGGAAUGAGUAAAUUUGAUAACUUUGUUCUUGUUUCUUGAGCUGAAUGCACUGAAAAAGUUUUUGCAAUUUUAUAGUAUUUAAAGCAUUUUUGCAUUUGCAGCGGGACAGUAUUGCAAUAAUGCACUUUCGAUACUUGAAUUUGUGUAGAUGACCGGAAGGGGGCAGGCAGGAAAAGGGAAAGUGGCCAGGACGUCGCCCAUUGCAAGACUUAACCAAGAGAGAUAGUUAAUGCCUUUAUUUUGGUGUCAUAGGAUUAACAACUAAUUUCAGGCUUAAUGUUGGAUAGGAUUAAAUUGUUACAUAAUAAAAGUUCUGACUGAAUCCA